AUGAAUUUCUAAUAAGAUUAUUUAGUUGAGACAAUUGUCAUUUAAGCGAUGCAGAAUUGUAAUCACUUUGAAAUUUAUCUCAUUUAACAAAGAAACGUUGAAAAAGCCCAAAAUUUCGCUGAAUACCAAAUUAUCUUGAAAGUGAAUUAUAACAUCAAACAUGGCAAAUUCAGACAAUGAAGGAGGAAAGAGGCGUAGUAAAAUCGGCAAGGUGAAAGCUUUUGAGGAAAUGCUUCUGAAGGAUGUGCCAGAUGGUGCCAUGAAAGCAAACGAGCCUUUGCAAGGAAUGUUAGAAGGUCAUGUAGAUAGUUCUUUGGCUUUAACUUCUACUCAACCACAAAUUGUGCGUAACGCCGCUCUACUGCAUUAUCUUUCUACACUGGCGUCGUCGCGUGCGAUGGGCGAUACAUUUGAUUUUCAAUUUGUUAAGUCUUUAUUGGAUUCUGGGGCUGACGUUAAUACAACAGAUGUAAAUGGACAAACCAUUUUACAUGAAGUAGCCAGAUCAUGGCAAACAGAUGUUGCUGUGUUUCUUUUUCAGAAUGGUGCGCGUAUUGAUAUUCAAGAUAGUUUUGGCCGAGCCCCUCUUCAUGUUGCUGCUGCUGUGGACUAUCCAGAAAUGGUCGAGUUUCUUAUCAACAACAAUGCGAACAUAAAUAUUGCCACUUUCAAUGAACUGCAGACGCCAAUACACUACGCUGCAAAAAAUGGAGCUUGUCGAUCGCUGAAAAUGCUUUUAGCCUAUGAUGCAGACAUUAUUUCAAAAGACUCAAAAAACAGAACUCCACUACAGCUUGCAGCCGAAAUGAAUCGAACGAAGGCAGCCAAACUGCUCUUAGAGGAAGGUGCGCCGGCAGGCGUAUACGACAGUACAGGCAAUUCAGCUUUAUCACUGUUGAUCGAAAAAGCUCCACAGGUUGCAAUGGAGGCACUUGGACAACUGCACUCCAUCGAUCACAUCAGCAGACGAGAAUAUUUUUUUCUCGACCAUUUGGAAGGUGCUAGAUUGAAUGACACUUCAUCACCGGCUCUUACGCCGCUGGAAGUGGCGACUAAAAGCAAUCGCCUCGACAUAAUAAUGCAUCCUGUCAUUCGUCGUCUUAUUUCUGUAAAAUGGCGUGUAUUUGGUAAGCUCGGUGGAAUUGGUGCUCUUCUUCUCAACUUGCUCUACGCUACAUUGUGGACAGUCUUGGCGGUCACAAUUCCUACCAAGGAUAAAGACGCUUAUUUACCUCUGCCUGAGAAAGUAUGGCGUUGGAUUAUUGCCGUUCUUAUUGCAGUAUUGACAAUAUAUGAGAUUGUGCAGCAAGUUUCAGGGACCUUAAAAGUUCAAAAAGAAAAUUCUGAAUGGCGUCAAUGGCGGGUGGACGAUCUCAGCCGUGAUCUUCAAUACUGCCAUCCACGUUGGCCUCAAGAAAGAACUUACCUGGAGGCUGAGAUCAAGGCGGUGGAGAAUCCUCCGAUUCUGGCAAGCUCUGAUUACUGGUUCUACUACGAUUGGGUUGCUUUAACGCUUAUUCUUGCAACUAUCUCAUCUCAGUUGGCAUUUAUUAUCAUUAAAAGCGACUCUUCGUAUCGUGUUUACGCCCGUUUUGCAUGCGCACUGCUUCUUAUUCUUUGGAUUCGUAUCAUGAAGUCAGCGAGACCGUUUGAAGGACCUGGUGCUUUUGUUGCCAUAUUUGGUCAUAUCAUAAUGGACAUCUUAAAGUGGGCACUGCUCUUUUUGCUAAUCUUCAUUCCGUAUGCAGCCUCUUUUUGGAUCACUUUCGGAAGUGACGCAACAGGAGGCAAAGUGAAUGGAUACAACAAGCUUGAUGAGAUGUUGUUUAACAUGUUCUCUAUGGUUGUUGUCAUGGAUUAUGGUUACGAAGAUUUAGAACGCUCUGAUGAGCACAUGGCACGUUUCUUGUGCGGAACGUUCAUUAUUAUCAUGGCCAUAGUACUUGUCAAUGUCUUGAUUGCAAUGCUUUCGGACACCUUUACCAGAGUAUAUGGAAACGCCGUUGCCAAUUCAAUAAUGCAGCGCGCCAAGACGAUUAUUACACUUGAGCGCUCCUUGAGCAACAAGAGAAGAAGACGCUAUUACGAUUAUAUUCGGAAUACUUGCAGUCCCGAGGUGGUCACGAUUCAGCCCGAUGUAAAUAGCAGUGAUAUAAAUGAUCGCAAAUCCGUGGAAGAGAUGCGCGAUGACGUAAAGGAAAUGGUAGAUCUUGUGCAAAACCGUUUCGGUCGCAGAUAUGGCAAAGAAAAAAUGUCAGACUUGGACGCAGUAAAACAAGAUGUGGCACAUCUGUGGAAGAAUCACGAAAGGAAUGCUGCGGCUGUAAAAGAAAUCAGAGCUACUUUAGAGAAAAUGCUUGGGCUUGCGAACAAUCAAGAUGAUCAAUCAGGCUUUGGUGGCAGCAGUUUUGCUUGAUGCAAAUUCGAGAGUCAAUGUUUUACUAUUCCAAUGCCUGAACAUUUCGUUGACAGCUCUCGUCAAAAAUACAGUUUUGAAUUUUGUGCAUGAGGCACGAGCUUUGCGAACCAGUUCUGGCAUGGGAAUUUAGAAUAAUAAGUUGUAAAGAUUUAUUUUUUAUAUACAUAAGUCCUGUGGGACUUACCUUUCAUAAAAGCAAGCAUGGCAAGCAAAUCCAAAAUUAGCGGUAAACCGGAAAAAAUUAACGAGUUGUGUUUUUUUGCAACGUCUAAGCAACUCAACUGUGCAUGUUGGUAGAUCACGUGGCAUUUCUUAAAUGGGUAAACGUACGAAAUUAUCAUUGAUAUUAAAUUUCCACCGACAGAAUUCUUAAUGAUUGCGUUAAAAAUUCAUUAGAAAUCUUAGAAAUUAUCAUUUUACCUUUUAGCUACUUUGGCUUGCUUUUUCCAAAAUAGUUUGAUCGUCAUAUUUGGUGAAAGCUAUAACUUCUUCUCCAAAAGAUUUCUAUCAUAGUCUUGUAAUUUGUACGCAAUCAACUGCUGAACUUUUGACCUUUCUUAUUAAAUGCUGCAGGAACUGUCAGUUGCAGUCGGUUCAAGCAAACUCCUCGAUCAAAAGCUUGGUGAAAGCAUCGAGUUGCUGCAAAUGAUAAGAGAUGGAUAUGGAAACUUAUAAAAUGAACAAUUUUUUACUUAUUUUUUACGUAUACUUUAUACACUUGUAUGCUGUUUUACCAAUAUAUUUUGAAUGAUGUAACUAUGACCAAAUACCAAUAUAAUUAUUGAAACGACUAAAUCAAAAUAAAAAAAGAUCUCCUGUCAAUAA